ACUUUCAUGCUUUCACCACAUGUCCUUGAAUUUGGAGGCUUUGGCCUUUGGGCUUUUGAUUCUUCGAUUUGGUGGCUCGCAUUGUGAUAUUGAUAAUUGAUUGAUUCUGACUGGAAUUUGAAUUAUUAGAAGGCAUCUUCGUGGGUAGAAGACAUCAAAUGCUUAGUGGUACUGCCUGAAUUUGUGUAUGCGGGCUGUUUUCCUGACCGCUGAAGCCUAUACCCUCCUGUGUCAGUACCUACCUAUCAAGGCUUAGGCGGUUGCAAAUUCAUCCCAAUUCUACGUUUUGUACGCUCAGCUAAGCAGUGUUCCUCUUCCUUCAGCCAGUUCUGCGGCGUCCCUUCAAUACCACCGUCCAGUAAUGGACUGUGAAACUGAGCCGGGACAGCAGGAUGUCCUGUAUGAACCGUCUGACAAGCACCAGGAGCGGCAGCACCAGCACCAGGGGCACCACCACCACGAGGAGCCGGAGGACGGGGAGGAGGGUCCUGCGUCCUCGGGAGGACCUGCGGGCUCCCCAGGCUCCGUCCUCACCCGAGUGCAGACUCGGUUCCAGCAGUUCACUGAGGACCUCCUAAUGACCAAGGGGCAGAAUGCUGAACUGGAAAAACGCAUUACUUUCCUGACCGAACAAAUCCUGGCGGCAAACGAGGAAAAGGAGGCCCUGAAGGCGGAGCACCGCGCGGCCAUCUCCCGACUGGAGGAGGCCGCGCUGGCCGAAAGGCGCCGCUACGAGACGGCGCUCUGCACGGCCCGGCAGCAGCACCAGCGGGGACACAUGGACCUUCAGCUGGCCACCGAGGAGCUGACCGCGCUGCGCGCACAGCUGAAGACGCUCCAGAUGGAAAAGGUCAGCCUGGCGCGUCAGGUCCGUGACCUGGAGACGGAGGUCAAGGCCAGGUGUCGCCUCCACCAGAACGCCUCCGAUCAGAUGGUGCGCUACAACCAGGCCAAGAACAAGCUCAAUAAGGAGGUUUCCGGUCUCACCGACUGGCUGAAGCGUCUGGAGUCCGAGUCCCGCUCGGCAGCUGAGCUGAACCGCCGGCUGCAGCUGCUCCUGCAGCAUCAGAGUCUGCAGCUGCAGCAGCUGGCGCCAGCGGCCGCUGCAGCUGCCGCCACACUGACAGCCACGUGUCCUGAGCUGGAGCAGCUGAGGACCCUGCUGGCGGCGGGCAGAGAUGGGGACGGAGACACUCCUCCCCCGCCGCCUCAGUCAGGGAUGGAGGCCGAGGACCCACACCCAGCGGACAGUGUUCCCGUUCCUUCCUCUGAGGCUCCUCAAUCGUCAUCUCCACACCCGAAUCUGCUCGACGAGCUGAUCCACCGGGACGGACAGGCGGCGGAACACAGCGGCGACGGGCCAGGGUCGCACGGCGGAUGGGGCGACGCGAGCGGCGGUGAACCGGUAGCUGAGGAGACGGUGAGCGCCCCGCCGCCCCUGGCGGUACCUCAGCUGAUCAGGCCGGCGGCGAGGAGACCCGUCUGAUGGGACUUUGGUGGGUCUUGUGGAUAGUUGUGAUUUGUGAAAGUGAGGGGAGGUUUCCUGUGUGCCUCACUGGGAGGUAGGAGUUAAUGUUUUGUGUGCUGUUUUGUUGGGAUUUAGUGACGUGUGGGGCUCUCACAUCCGUUCUUUGUGUAGUUGUUUCAUGUGUCGUUGACCUUUGGUUCGUCCUUUCAUAUCGGCCGAAUUCCGAAGUGAUCUCAUUGGAUCUGGACUUUUUACGGAUAAAUCGGUGGUAUUCCCGCCGCCUUA